UGCCCAGCGGUGCCUGUCUGGAGUCCUGAAUAGGAUCAAAUCCUGCGACCAGACACACACACACACACACACACACACACACGCGGGAGCGCGCAGGAGCGCGCGGCCGAGCUCGCCCCAAAGCCGGGGCUGCUGCGGGGUGAUUCGGCUCUCCACAGCCCUCCCUCCGGAGCCUCUGGUCCCCCCCAUCCCAGGACCGACAUGGAGCUCUUGGUCCUGCUGCUUUGCAACCUCCUGGUGUGGAGGGUGGGUGAGACGAGGUCGGAUGCUCCAGAAAAGUUGUCCCCGCUGGCUCCGGGAGGUAACUGGGAGAGGGGCUGCUCCUCCGGCAGCAGGGCUGGGAGGCAGCUGGUUUAGGGGCUCUCAGCAUGAAGGAGACCUUCCUGGUGCUCUCACUGCACAACAAGCUGAGGAGCAAAGUGCAGCCCCCCGCUGCCAACAUGCAGAAGCUGGAGUGGAGCGAGGAGCUGGGGCAGCUGGCGGGGGCACGGGCAGCCAGCUGCCUGGAGGGCCCCGCUCCCCCACCAGCCCCACAGCUGGGCUGGAACGAGGCCCUGCUGCCAGUGGGCAUGGGGGGCUUCGUGGCCGUGCUGGAGCGUUGGUUCGCCGAGGGACGCGGCUACGACUACGGGACGGGGCACUGUGCCAGCAACGCCACCUGCCACCAUUACACCCAGCUGGUGUGGGCCACAGCGGGGCGGCUGGGUUGUGGCCGGCACCGCUGCCCCGGCCCCCACGGCCCCAGCGAGGCCUUCGCCUGCGCCUACAACCCGGGGGGCAACUGGGAGGUGGCCGGGACGCCCGUCCUGCCCUACAAGCAGGGCCCCUGGUGCUCCCUCUGCACCGCCGGCCUCUCUGGCUGCUUCAAGUCCUGGGAUCACGGCGGCGGGCUCUGCGAGGUGCCCAGGAACCCCUGUCGCAUGAGCUGCAGGAACAGCGGGAGUCUCGACAUGGGCAGCUGCCAGUGCGCCUGUCCCCCUGGCUACACAGGAAGGUACUGCCAAGUGAGGUGCAGCGGGCAGUGCCUCCACGGAAGGUUCAGGAAGGAGGAGUGCUCCUGCCUCUGCGAUGCGGGCUACGGUGGAGCUGAGUGCGGCACGAAGAUCCAGUUCCCUUUUCAUGCUUGCGAUGUGCGGAUAGACAGUGACUGCUUCAUGGUGUCUCCAGAGGCCGACACCUACUAUGGAGCCAAAAUUAAGUGCCAGGAGAAAGGGGCGAUGCUGGCCCAGAUCAGAAACCAGAAGGUCCAGGACAUCCUGGCUUUCUACCUCAGCCGCUUGGAGAUGGGUAACAGGGUGACAGACACCGAUUUUGAGACCGGGAACUUCUGGAUUGGUCUCACCUACAAGACAUCCAAGGCUUCCUUCCGCUGGGACGUGGGCGAGCCAUCCUCUUUCACCAGCUUUGCUUUUGGGCAGCCGGACAACCAGGGGUUUGGGAACUGUGUGGAGAUGCAGGCGUCGGCUGCCUUCAACUGGAAUGACCAGCGCUGCAAGACCCGAAACCGCCCAGGAACACAUCGCCCUGUGGCAGCGGGACCCCUGAGCCAGCAGCCCUGGGAACUGGCUAGUGCUGGCUGCUGUGCCGAGCCCAUGGCUCAGGAAGACCUUGAUGCUGUGCCAAGCCUGGACCAUGGCUCAGAAGGAUCCCCCCACAGCUCACCUGCACAGGGGAUGGGAGAUUGAGGGGCCCCAUGGCACUGGGACCUCGUGAGAAGGGAUGUGCUUUAUGUCAGCAUCCCCAAAACAGCAUCUUCUUCUGCCCCUCACCUUCCUCUCUCACCAUCACACUGUGACACCUCCCGGGCAGGAGAUGCCCCUGCAACAGCCAGGUACAGCAGCAUCCUCCUCCGAAAUUGGCAACUGGGCCUUGUCUGGACUGUGGUCUUGAAGUGACAAGGGGCCAAGGGGGGCUCCUGGGAGGUGCAGAUCUCGGCACAGCUGAGGGUGAGGACCAGGCUCAGCUCUGAGCCAUCAUCUUGACCUGUGUGGGAACCUCUCAGUUUGCUGGGUUCCUCAUGAUCACCUGACCCUUCGUCAUCACCCAGUUCCUCACCACCACCAUCUGCCCAGCAGUUAAUAAAGACCC